CAGCAGAUGUGCGUCUUUCAGGCGUGACGUAUAAUCUAGUGGACGGUUCUUCAGAAACAGCUCGUCAACCACCUCGGUAGCUUGCUAGCCAACAUAGCCGAAAGAUCCAAGCUAUUUAUUCGAUUUCGGUGUAUAUUGGCGACUGUGUUUUAGACACGCUUCUGUCGUAUCUACUUGUUAACCCAUUUAAUUUAAUAUUACAUUAUUUUGUAUUAGUCAGCUAUAGUAUCUGGCUGGUUAAGUUAGCACUAGCCUAGUUGCUAGUGCUAGCUAGCUAACAUCCCCGAACAUGAGUUCACUAAACUGCUCGCCUCCUGUUAAAGAAGAGGGGGUCUGCUGGACGGAGGAAGAAGCUCUGGGGCUGAACAUUGUCCUGAAAGAGGAGGAUGUGACAGUAAAACAAGAAGUAGAGGUUGAGGCUGUUACAGUGAAAGAAGAAGUGAAGGACGUUUCGGUUAAAGAAGAGGAAGACGCGUUCAGAGUGAAAGAGGAGGAUGUUACAGUAAAAGAAGAGGAGAAAGAGGAUGCAUGUUUUGGAGUGAAAGAUGAGGAGGGGGAGAUGACUGUCACAUUGAAAGAUGAAGUCGAAGAGGAGGAGAUAGGAGAUAGGAUUAACACUAGAGAGAGACGGGACUAUCAUGGAUCCUCUGGGGAGCCUCAACAACAACAUGAUGCUGACGAGGCAGAGCAGAGUCUCUCCACAUCAGAACACCUCAAGAAACAUCAGCAGAGACCUGCUAGGAAGAAAUCUAUUUGCUGCUCUGACUGUGGGAAACGUUGCAAAUCUUCAUCAGAUCUUAAAAUACAUCAACGAGGACACACAGGAGAGAAACCAUACUGCUGCUCUGACUGCGGGAAAAGUUUCUCAAGAUCAAAUUCACUAAAAGUACACCUGAGAAUUCACACUGGCGAGAAAUCUCACCACUGUUUUGAUUGUGGUAAGAGUUACUUAAGAUUAAAAUCACUAAAAGUACACAUGAGAAUUCACACUGGAGAGAAACCUUACAGCUGUGAUCAAUGUGGGAAGAGUUUUACUCUAUCUAGCUAUCUGAUUAUACACCAGAGAACACAUACAGGGGAGAAACCUUACAGCUGUUCUCAAUGUGGGAAGAGUUUUACUCAGUCAAGCAACCUGUUAUCACACCAGAGAAAACACACAGGGGAGAAAUCCUAUAGCUGUACUCAAUGUGGGAAGAGUUUUACUCAGUCAAGCACCCUGUUAUCACACCAGAGAACACACACAGGAGAUAAACCUUAUUGCUGUGAUCAAUGUGGGAAGAGUUUUACUACAUCUAGCCAUCGGAUUGUACACCAGAGAACACACACAGGAGAGAAACCUUAUAGCUGUACUCAAUGUGGGAAGUGUUUUACUCACUUAUGCAGCCUGUUAUCACAUCAGAGAAAGCACACAGGAGAGAAAUCUUAUAGCUGUACUCAAUGUGGGAAGAGUUUUACUCAGUCAAGCAACCUGGUAUCCCACCAGAGAACACACACAGGAGAGAAACCUUAUAGCUGUGCUCAAUGUGGGAAGAGUUUUACUUCAUCUAGCAGUCUUAUUGUACACCAGAGAACACACACAGGAGAGAAACCUUAUAGCUGUGAUCAAUGUGAGAAGAGUUUUGUUACAUCUAGCCGUCUUAUUGUACACCAGAGAACACACACAGGAGAGAAACCUCAUAGCUGUGCUCAAUGUGAUAGGAGAUACUCUGAUAAAAGAUCUCUGAUCAAACAUCAGAAAAUACAUACAUGAAGGAGUUGUUUCAUGAUAUUAAUGAAAUAAUGUCACAAUGUAGAAUGCUUUAACAUUGUAGAAGGAGUGUUUUAAUUAUGUCACAAUCUAGAUGCCUAAUCGUUUGCCCCGUGUUCUAUUGAUUUCAGCCUGAUAUGGAUAUUAGGCUCAGGGGGAAAAUCUAGGCUCUGAUUUGAAUGAGUACUAUUUAUGUGAUUUAGCAAAAAGUGACUGACACAAAAAAGAGCUGUGUAACACUUACCAUGUUGGUUACCCACUAGAAUCAAAAUGCAACACUUCAAAAUGUAGCGAUCUGCUUUAUACAAAUUGUCCUCUAACCAGGGAUGUACACAUUACUCCUAGAUUCCGUGUGGUUUUUGAGCUGUUAGUUUUAACAGGACGUGCAACCUUAUCUCCCCACGAUAUCGUUGAGUGAUGAAAAAUAAGUGUUGUGUUCCUUUGUUUAGCGACCCCUACAUUUAAAUGCAUCACUCCAAAAUGUAGUUGACUGUCUUCUGCAGGUUGUCCUGUAACCAGUGAGGUAAAAGAUAUCUCCCAUUUCCAUGUGUUUUUUUAGCUGUGUUAGUUUCAACAUCACGUACAACCUACUUUCCCCCCUAAUCGAUUUCAGUGAUUUAUUGCUACUUGUCAAAACAACAGCAUUUCUGGUGUUUGUGCUGUUUAUAAGGAGCUUGUUUAAAAAAUUCAAGUAAUAUGAUUGUUGCAGAUUUUUGUAUUAAGUGAAUUAUUGCCAAUACAUAUUAAUGUACAUUUGGUUUUGAUAUUUCAUAUUUACAAUUCAUGUAACAUUUAGUAAUCUUAAUUAUCAUAAUUAUUUAUGCAACCAGCUGACCAUUUUUGGGUACAAUUAUAUUGACAUUGUUGCCCUGCUUUUAGAAUAUCAGGAUUCAUUCUCAGAUGUGCCAACCCAAAUGUACUAGAGCAUGACAUUGGGGACUGGUCCCCGAUCCAACAACAUGCCUAUCAAGUGAACCCUGAAAAGAGAGAGAGGCUCCGCAGUGAGGUGGAAAAUUACUACGGAUAUUGCCGGAGUUUCCUCUUGAAAUCAGACAUGUUCGUUUUAAGGAAAACUUGCUGAUUGUCUCACAGGUGGGCACUCAAAAUGUUUGUGUUUUGCGUUUAGCCAGUGCGUUUAGCCAGUGCGUUACCAUGGAUCACCGUUUAUUUUGACUGCACAUUUUUCCGUAUUGGAGAUGAGUGUUGUUUGGUUCUAGAAGCUAGUGAGUUUUAGAAGCUAGUGGGAGAAAACAUUUUUUACCUUUUGUUUUAAUUGUUGACAGCCAGUCGAUAUCGUGUUCAUAUUUUAACCCAAAUUUUCUAGUUUUAGGAUUCUAGAAAGAAAAAGGAGAUAACUAAUAUGAUUGUAUAUUAUUAUUUAGAAAUGUGUUUUUUCUUGUUUUUUUAGUUUUUGACAGCCAGUAGACACCAUGUUUAUAUUGGUGAAGGUGAAGCAUUUUAGUUGAUAUUAAUAUGAAAUGGAAGUUGUUUUCUGUUGGUGAUGAGAACUUGUCCAACAAAAAUAUAGGAUAUAUUUGUUGUCUUAAGGGCGAAGGUGUUACAGGCUUUGUUUUUUCCAUUCAUGUUUUGAGGUUGGACUUUAGCUCGUUAGCACUGUGAGGGAAUUUUCUGUUAAACCUUACUAAUGCUUGUGUAGUAAAAUAUAAUUCUUUAAGCCGAGGCAUUGGGCUUGAGAUUGGUAAAGAACCUAACUCCUAUAAAAUAGAAAAGUGUGUUGAUAGAGGCCUGUUCUAACUCAAAUCAAAUUUUAUUUAUGUAGCCCUUCUUACAUAGCAAAGUGCUGUACAGAAACCCAGCCUAAAACCCGAAACAGCAAGCAAUACAGGUGUAGAAGCACGGUAGCUAGGAAAAACUCCCUAGGAAGGCCAAAGACUUGGAAGAAAUCUAGAGGGAAACCAGGCUAUGAAGGGUGGCCAGUCCUCUUCUGGCUGGGCCGGGUGGAGAUUAUAACAGAACAUGGCCAAGAUGUUCAAAUGUUCAUAAAUGACCAGCAUGGUCAAAUAAUAAUU